UCUCACCCCGCACCCCUUUCCCCUCUCUUUCCCUCCGCGACGGAUCGAUCCCGCCUCAGCGCCGCCGUCGCCUCCCUGUCUCACCCGUUCUGGCGCCGCCGUCCGCUCCCCCCCCCCACCACCCAACAACUCGCCGCCGCCGCCGCCGCCUUCAGGAGCCCCCCGCCGCACGCUCGUCGUACUGAUAAAGUGGGGAAAAUAGUGCGGGGGUGGGGAGAGAGAGCCAAACCCUAGCGUGCCGAAUCCAAUCCACCAAUGUCGCCGCCGGCGGGCGAUUGUCCCUUGAGCCAUUGUUGCCGCUGGAGGGAGCUGUGUUCACCGCAAAUACCUCGGGUCUUCCCCGGCCGGGAGUACGUCUCCGUGCCGGCCGACGCGGACAACAGCCCCGCGUGGUCGGUUCUGGUUGGCACCAUGGCAACGUCCGGGGGCAGCCGGUCGCUACGCCUGCACCGGUUCCGCGUCGCGCGCUCCGGCCGCGUCCUCUGCGGCGGUUCCCUGGAGAUGUUGGGCGAUGACUACUACAAAGCCGAGAUCCCAAAGUCACACGUCCGCGCUGCCACCGCCACGCGGAGCCCAGACGGCCGCUCCCUCUCGCUCUGUUUCUUCUCUCGGGAAAUCGACUUCUCCGAUCCCGUCAGCAAAAUCGCCCCUCCCAUCCCCCUGCAAAUGCUUGUGGACGUCGGCGGCGACAACGGCAGGGGUAUUACUGUGUCGCGCCUGCCUGGCCUUCCGCCAGAAGUAGGGCCCCUCACUGCCGAUCUGCCCCAUCUCAGCGGCCGGCGAUAUCUGGGCACCCCAUUUCACCACUUCUACACCUUCAAUUGCAACACCCGAGCUUGGGCUAAAGUUGUCACCACCUGGGAAGAAUGUAUGUAUGUUCCAAUCCGCGAACAUGGUGUGUACGUGGAGGAAGAUGACGCCAUCUACUUCCUCAGUGGCGCUGUUGUUUAUUUCUACAAGCUGUUCAAGGAUACCCAGAAUAGGUAUCGGAUGGCGCCGCCUACCGAAGUUUCUCUUGUUUGUCCUUUCAGCUCUGAAGGAUAUGGGUUCCUCUCAUAUCUUGGUGGUCGGGUCAUGUGCUCUGUCUGGAUCGGCGUGAGGCUCCCUUGCCAUUGCGGCACUAAGCAUGUGCUUAUAACCACAUUUCGAGUCAAGGGUGACAAGGGUGUUGAAGUCUUGCAUUCCACCUGCCGCCGGUUAGACAUGGUGCCGAGCAAGCCCGUUGAAUCCUACCUCGAGUUCAGCUUUCUACAGGAGUACGAGGAGUUCGAUCAUGAGAGAGUAACACCCAUUGCAAAAUUGAGAGUGAAUGCUAUGGUAUCCUCAACGCCGCCGGAUGACAUGGAAAUUCCGGCCAGCUCCAACGUGGGCAAGUCCUCCAGUAUGCUUGCUUGUUGCAGGGAGUUCUUGAAUGGAACACCAUUGUCAGGUACUGUUAUGCUUCAGAGAUCUGCUAUCCGAUCCAACAGAACAUUAUAUAUUAUUUGCCAAGCUGCUUCUCGUUCAACUGUGUAUGAGAUCAAUAUCUUGGAUGGAAGAUUGGCGUGCCAUGACAAGACUCUCACACCACAUUGCAUUCUGGAGACACCUAUGCCCCAUUUCGAGGAUGCUAUCGAGGGUGAUAUACUGUAUCUGCUUGACAGACCAUGGCAUUUUCUUUGUGACAGUAGAUCAAUAUAUGCUGUCCCAUCUGUAGAGGAUAAAAUUUAUUCUUGUCGCUUCAAUCAGGGCAUUUCUUCUCGCUUCAAUCGGGGCAUCAUCAAUCACAUUGAUUCAACAUGGCCUAUUGGUGUUGCAUUCCGCCUUGUAGUUCGACUUGGUAUCAAGCUUGUUGCUAUAAGUGAUACUCUCCGUGACGUCUAUCAUUUCUUCGAAGGCAUAUGGAUGCAUCAUGAGACAUUUGGGCCUCCUGGUCUAGAUAUGGAGGUUAGCCUGUCUGGAUAUGUGGUCUUGAGUCCCACCACCUUUAUGGUUUCUGAUGCCAAGACAAAUCGCUGCUUUCUGUAUGACUUAUUUUUUGACAGUUGGAGCCUUGUCAUGCCAUUUGUUGAGUCAGAACUUCUACCAAGUGAUUGUCCUAGAAUGGCUUUUCUGAGUGACAGAUGUGUAUUUGCUAAGGGUUUUAUUUACACUUGCUCACAUGGGGGACUUGCUGCAUAUGAGUUAGUUCAACAGGCUGAUUCUUAUUACCUGGGCGAGCGGGUUGAUUUGAAGUUAUCGUGGUGUAAGUAUUGGGAGCGCUACCAAAUGUGCUUGGAGUAUAUUGGUGAAGACACAAACUCUGGUGCCAUUAUGUUUUGUGUGAUGAAAGGUGAUUAUAUAUCUCAGCCUGGUUAUCCAUACAAUGAAGGGCCUAUACGUAUCACUACUGUCCAAGUGAAGACUGAGGAAAUGCCCAAUGGUAAACUCAAACCAAAAACAAUUGGCCACGUGGAUAUUGGCACGGCCUUUGUGGAGUCGAGUGGAGGGUCAACUUGGACCCGAGAUUGCUUUGCAGCUGCUUGUUAUUGAGCCUGAUGCUCGCUAUAACUUAUGCACUGAAAUUGCGUUGUAUGUAUUAUUAAUUUAUAACUUGCCAUUGCAUCAUGAAACUCGACUAAGAUGCAGUGAGGAUGUUUUGAAACAUGCGACCUCUGGGCAUAUGGUUGUUAAAUGUGGAUCUUUGACUUGACUCUGAGGAGAAAACUUCUGAAAAUAUUCUGUCUUUGUUCA